GCAUUUUCCAAAAUGGACUCUUCAAGUUCACGAUUGGAUACCGAGGGUCAAUUUGACGGUGCUUUAACCCAUCAAGACGACCAUCAAAAUGAUGUGGGUGAAAAAGUUGAAGAACCGAAGGAUUUAACGACGUUUAUUUCAGAUGAAGAGUUGAGUGAUAAGGAUGAUGAGAAAGUUGAAGAACCAAAGGAUUUAAUGACUUUUAGUCCAGAUGAAGAGUUGAGUGAUAAGGAAGAAAAUGUGGUCUUACCUGUGGUGUUAAAGGAUGAUGAGAAAAUUGAAGAGCCGAAGUCAUCAAUGACUUUUAGUUCAAUGGAAGAAGUUUGCUCUUAUUAUAGGAGGUAUGCUAAGCAAGCUGGGUUUGGUGUAGCUCAUAGAACCUCGAGAAAAACGAAGGGUAUAAAAAGUUACAUAAUGCUUAUAUGUACUCGUGGAGGUGACGAGCGAGCUACAAAUGAUGUUGCGAAGCCAAUUCCAACAACUAAUAGAACAGGGUGUGGUGCUAGGAUUUGUGCGAAAUUAUGUGGUGAUGGAACGUGGUUUUUGAGUAAAGUUGAGCUGACGCAUAAUCAUUCGUUAAGCCCGGGUAAAGCGAGAUUUUUUAGAAGCAAUAGAAAAAUUAAUGAUGCUGCAAAAAGAAGACUUGAGCUAAAUGAUAGAGCAGGAAUACGUCUGAGUAAGAAUUUCAAUUCGUUAGUCGUUGAAAGUGGGGGGUUUGAGAGUAUUUCUUUUGGAGAGAGAGAUUGUCGGAAUUAUAUUAAUAAGGCAAAAGAACUCCGUCUUGGUAAAGGGGGUGCCCAAGCACUUUGUGAUUACUUCAGAAGAAUGCAAAAGCAAAAUAGUGGCUUCUACUUUAUGAUAGAUAUGGAUGAUGAUUGUAGGUUACGAAACGUUUUUUGGGCGGAUGCACGGAGUAGGGCAGCAUAUGAUUUCUUUGGAGAUGUUAUUACGUUUGACACAACGUAUUUGACCAAUAGCUAUGACAUGCCCUUUGCUCCUUUUGUAGGAGUGAAUCAUCAUGGUCAAUCUAUACUUUUGGGGGCAGGACUCAUUUCAAGUGAGGAUACAGACACAUUUGUGUGGUUGUUUAAAUGUUGGUUGGAGUGCAUGAAUGGCCAAGCCCCUAAAGCAAUUAUAACAGACCAGGAUAGAGCUAUGAAAAAUGCAAUUGCUAUUGUUUUCCCUGGAACUCGACAUAGAUAUUGUCUGUGGCAUAUUAUGAAAAAGUUCCCUGAAAAAUUUGGAUCACAUGCUAAUUUUGAUGGCAUUAAGAGUGCCAUAAAUAAAUGUUUGUAUGACUCUCAAACGUGUGAAGAAUAUGAGGAAAACUGGAAAGAUCUACUGGAGAAGUAUAACCUUCAUGAUAAUGCAUGGUUGAAUGGGUUAUAUAGGGAGAAGACAUUUUGGGUGCCGGCAUACAUGAAAGAUACGUUUUGGGCGGGAAUGAACACUACACAGCGAAGUGAAAGUAUGAACGCAUUUUUUGAUGGGUACGUGCACUCACGAACCACAUUGAAAGAAUUUGUUGAUGAAUAUGAUAAUGCUUUAAGGAGAAUGGUCGAGAGUGAGACACGUGCUGAUUUUGAUUCUUUCAAUCGCACAAUCUCAUGUAUAAGCGCCUUGCAGAUAGAGAAACAGUUUCAAGUUGUCUACACAAAUGCGAAGUUCAAAGAAGUACAUGAUCAGUUUGUGAAAAUGAUGUCCUGUAAUAACUCUCAUCUCAAAAGUGAAGGUGCAAUUUCCACGUUUGAAGUUAUUGAAUAUGUUGCCGUUGGAGACCACUUAAUAGAAAAAACAUUUCUUGUUUACUUCAAUGAAGAUGAAUUGGAAGUGAAGUGCACAUGUGCAUUGUUUGAAGUAAGGGGCAUCUUAUGUAGGCAUUCACUUUCUGUGUUACGGACAAAGAGAGUGACAACUUUGCCACAAAGAUAUGUUCUUGAUAGAUGGAGGAAGGAUAUUAAGCGAGAGUACUCGAAGGUUAAGAGUAGUUAUGAUGCCAUUGGUGAUAAUCCACAUGCCCAAAUAUAUGACAAGGUGAGAAACAAUUUUGAGGAAUUACUGUCGCUCGCAUCAGAAAACACUGAGGAACGUUGCAUGGAACUAAUGAAAAGAAUUGAUCAAAUGAAGGAGUUGUGGCGUUGCGAAAAUCAAGCUUCUGGCAUUCCAGCUACUGUUGCAUCUUCUAGUUGUCAAAAGGUGCUUAGUCCUCAUAAGGUUACUUGUAAAGGGAGGCCAAGAACAAAGAGAAAGGUGUCUGUUAUAGAAACAGUGGUAAAGAAAUCUAAUGUAUCAAGCAAGCCACCAAGAGACAACAAUGCUAGAACGAAGAGACGGAAAAUUGAAGCCUCGAAAUCAACGGAAAAUCAAGGCAACACUAGUCAAUCUCCGUUGCCUUCUGUACCUUCUGCAACUCACGAUCAUAGUACUCAGGAUUCCGUCACUUCGUCAUCAACAGUUGCUCACACCUUCAGUGGUCACCAUCAUUCUAUUCUUUCUCAGGUGAAUUUGUCGAUUGACCCCAUAAAUCUGUUGUCCACAAUGAUAAGCCAACACAAAUACCAAGAGGCUUUAACUACAGCCUUACAAAUGCGUGAUGUGUCAAUUGUGAAUUGGAUUUGCUCCCAGGUCUUGACUAUGGAUCCUCUCCCUUUGAGUCAAGAAGUAUUGGUUCAAUUGUUGUGGUUUUUACCAUAUUGUAUCAAUACCAACCCAGCCGUAAUAAUUGCUUGGAUGACACACGUUUUUAAUUCCAUAAUCCCAACUGAUCCGGCAAUUGAAAUGCAUGUGCGGCCCAUCUUCAAUCAAGUUUAUGCCGCACUCAACCAUAUAAGUGUCCUGCCCACAAUUACCGAUGAUGUGCGGUCAACUAUACGUCUUCUGAUGAAUGGUUUACUUCCACCUUGAGACAAAAAUGAUAGUUAAUGGGUAACUAGUGUAGGCACAGUGAAAAAAUAAAGAUGCAGAUGGCUUGUGUUCUCUGCAAUGAUAUGACAAAAAUGCACUUUGUGGUGCCAUGUUUCUGUGUCAC